AUGUAUGGUCUUGAGGAUGUAGUACCUCUCACCUCAAAUAAUCAUGAAGCCAUAGUUCUAGAAGUGGCAACUUAUAAUUACAAGGUAAAUAAGGUAAACAUAGACAAUGGAAGUGCCAUUGAUGUGUUAUGCGAUAAAAUGUUCAAGGAGCUGCAGUUGGAAGAAAAACUGAUGCUUUCAAGGGGUACAAUAUACCAGAGGCUGGUUAAUAAGUUAUUCCAAGAUCACAUAGGUUGCAACAUGAAAGUUUAUGUAAAUGACAUAUUGAUCAAGAGCAGGACUCAAGGUCAGUUCAUCUCUGACCUCAGUGAAAUUUUUAACAUACUGUGA